CAGAACUGCCUUGAAACUUGUUUCAACAUCAGCCUUGGGAGGUUCAUCUUGGUAUAUUCCGAUACGGAGUGCAUCUGUGGAUCGCUACUCUACAGGCGCCGUGGUUGUAGGUUCUCAUAUCGUCGUCGAAUCUCUAUGCCUGGGUCAAGAUUGUGGUCAAAAUGCCCUCCUUCACCAUCGAAGCUGAGGGCGAGACCAAUCCUCUCUCAAGGCAACUGGUGAUCUCUACCCUCGUCAGUGCUUCACAGCCCACGGCUCAAGCAUUAAAAGUCGCCACUCAACAACUUGGAAACUGGGAAAAGACACCUGGCUAUUAUGUGCUUUUGCAGGAUAUUUAUGCCGACCUCUCCCUCAACCAGGAAGUCAGAUUUCAAGCCGUCAUUCAGCUCAAGAAUGGCAUUGACAAAUAUUGGCGGAAGACAGCGACCCAUGCUAUCGACAAGAACGAAAAGCAGCAAAUCAAAUCCAGAUCGAUAGAAGCUGGCGUUCGAGAACCAGUCACAGCGCUCGCUCUUCAGAACGCUCUGAUGCUGGCAAAAAUUGUACGCUACGAAUUCCCUCAUGACUGGCCCGAUGUUAUCCAAAUAAUCAUUCAGCACCUCCAAUCUGCCGGUCAAAACGACCUUCAUACAUCCAAUAUCUUGACGAUAACUUUACAAGUCAUCAAGGAAUUGGCAUCGGGGAGGCUCCAACGGACAAAGAAAAGCCUUCAACAAGUGUCGUCUGAGCUUCUGCGCGUGCUUGGGACUCUUUAUGUCAAUUUGGUAUUGCGAUGGCAAUCGUCUUCAACGGUUCUCGAGCUGGAAAGCGCACGGAACAGCCACUCGGCCCUGAAGACUUUGAGGCGUCUGCUUGUUGUAGGCUUCGAAAGCCCACAUCGGGAAGCAGACGUUACUCAAUUCUGGGCUCUUCUGCAAUCACAUCAAGAUAGCUUUUGGGCCGCUCUCAGUCAAAAGGAACCGUCUGACCUGAAAACAAUGCUAACGAAGCACCUCUUGCAAUUGUCCAAACUCUACCUGGAUAUGGCGCGCAAUCACCCGGCCUCAUUCGUCCUUUUGGGUUGCGCGGACAUUCUGAACCGAUCCUGGAGUAUCAUCAGUCAGACCGACUCCAAGGCUGCCCUUCAAGGUAAUUUCGACUGGGCCGUAUACCGGAAUGGAGAUGCCAAUGACGAAUCACCCCUCGAGAAGCUAUCAUUGAAAGCCUUGCUAUUGUUCCGGGCGUGCUGCAAGAUGGUGUUCAAUCCUGUCCAGACCUUCAGAUAUCAGACGCCACAAGACAAAGAGGACCGCAAGGAGGCAGUGGACUUCGUCAAGAAUAGUGUCUUAACGGAAGGCUUUGUAAUUCAGCUGAUGGAGAUCUUGGUGACGCAGUAUUUUGUCCUGCGACCCUCGGAUCUGAGAGACUGGGAGCAAGAGCCUGACGAGUGGGAGAGAAGGGAGGAAGAGAUUGCAGAUGCAUGGGAGUUCUCCAUCCGCUCAUGCUCAGAGAAGCUCUUCCUUGACCUUGUUAUCAACUUCAAAGAGUUGCUCGUACCGCGGUUGCUUGAUGUCUUCCGGCAGUACGCCGUCACCACAAACACAAAUGUCCUCUUGAAGGACAGCCUGUAUUCCGCCAUCGGCAUAGCCGCCGCAUGCCUUGAGGAUGUCCUUGACUUCAACAGCUUCCUCCGCACAACGCUUGUCCCGGAGGUGCAGAUGAAUCAGCCUAAUUACAAUUUACUAAGACGACGCGCAGCUAUAUUGCUUGGGCAGUGGGUGCCUAUCAAGCCAGAGAUCAUCGACAGAAUCGCGGUAUACCAGAUAUUCACACACCUUCUUGCUAGCGGCGAGCAGCUCAAUGAUCAGGUUGUCCGCGUUACGGCUGGCCGUCAGUUACGCCUCGUGCUGGAGCCUUUCGAGUUCAAGAUCGCUGACUUUCAGCCCUAUGCCGACCCGAUAUUGAAGAGCCUCAUGUCCCUGAUAGCGGAGACCGAACUGUCUGAGACGAAAAUGGCACUCCUCGAAACAGUCAGGGUGGCCGUGACAAAGCUGGAAGGUCAGAUAGAGCCAUAUGCUCAGGACAUCAUGUCCAUGCUACCACCGCUAUGGGCGGACUCGGGCGAAGAGCAUCUCAUGAAGCAAGCUAUUUUGAGCAUGAUCACGGCCAUUGUCAACAGCUUAGGGCAGAAGAGUCUGUCCUAUCACGCUGCAAUUAUUCCCAUCAUCCACGACUCUGUCCAGCCUGAAUCCGAUGCCAUUGUCUACCUCUUGGAGGAAGCCCUUGAUUUGUGGUCCGCCAUUUUACAGCAAACACCGUCCGACCAAGUAUCGUCAGAUUUACUGGCAUUGUCUCAUUCCCUGCUUCCACUCCUGGGCAUCGGCAGCGAACUCCUUCGGCAGAUCUUCGAAAUCGUCGAAUCAUACACCAUUCUUUCACCCACCACCGUACUUGCACCUCAAUUUCUGACACCACUACUUACGUCAAUGAAGGAGCUCCUUCCCGUGCUCUCCUCCAGUCGUGCUCGGGAUGCGUCUUUGGCUCCCCACGUCCUCGACAACCUAGUCGCCACUAUCGCCGUUGAAGGGCACUCCAAUCUCGAUUCGCAUCAAGCGCUUACGCACAUUCUCGAAUCCGUGCUCAACACGGGAUAUUUAUCAACCCUUCUCACUCUGCUGAAAGAAGCACAUGAGUAUCAUCAAGACCCACGACCCAACCGCAGACCACCAGACAUCAUCGGCCCUGGCGAAACUACACUGCUCACACUACUAUCCCGCAUCGCACUGCUCUCACCUGACCAGUUCGUUCAAGCCGUUGUUGCCGCGAACGUCAAUUCGACCUCUUCACCAACACCCACACACUGGCUUCUGACCGAAUGGCUCCAAUCAAUCGACAGCGUCGGCGACGUGUUGCGCAAGAAGCUGCAGGUUCUUGCUUUAACAAAUCUCCUCACUGCCACGACACCGCCCUUCCCAGAGCUCAUGCUCGAGAACCUCCAGUCCCUUCUCACUGUAUGGACAGACGUUACUGUCGAAUUGGGCCAGGAAGCCGCCGACGAAAGCGAGGGCGAUUAUCUCUGGCAUAACAGACCAGGAUAUGUACCCGAGUGGCCGGACGCGACUCCCGAAGACGGCCGAAAGAGGGCAAUAAGUAAUGCUGAUCCGAUUUAUACAAUCAACAUCAGGCAUUUCAUUGCCAGUAGGCUGCGGUUGACAAUGGAACGAGCAGGCGGCCCGCAAACCUUUGAGCAUGAAUGGUUAACUAGAAUUGACGGGGUUGUGCUGAAGGCUUUUGUCGACUUGAAGUUGUUGUGAGCGUGGAACAUGACUUGUCAAUCGGGAGAGCCCGUGGAGACUGUUCCGAGCAAAUUUUGCUGCUAUGCGGCGGAUUGUUGCUGAAGGUUAAAGGUGAGCGCAGAGACGAAGGUUUGGCAUGAAAUGGAGGCAUCGAGCACAAGUAUCUGACCAGCAUCACUACCAUCAUGCUUCGGCGUUGUGGACUGAUGUCCUGUGAUGAGGAAUGCAAGCAUACACUCGGGCAAUAGCUUUACGCAGCCUGCAUGGCAUUGGGGGAUCCAGGGAUCUCUAAGGUGUAGUACUUCAGCAGUGGGACGACGACAGGAUGAUCAGAUACGGCCAGACAACGACAGGGAUGCCAGAAACAAAGCAUCAGAAAACUUGGAUUUUCAAUAUGUUAAGUUCUCUUGUUCGAUGCCAAUCCAAUGCUCUGAACACAUUCAUCAUC